UAUCACUUGAAGUUUACAUGCCCGAAAGUGGGAAAAAACGAUGAGGUAAAAGUACGAAGCAUAUUUGGCCUGGAAUGGUGUGAGCCAUUAGUGACAUUUGCACUAUCCUGUGGAAGAUGGUCUUCACCUGCGGAUUAAUCGAACUUUUUCUUGGAAUGCAUACUUGGCAAAACGAGCUAUUUCUAUGGGUGACAUUGUGACAACCACUUCUUCUCCAAGACCAGCAGGUUUCCCGCUAUCCAUAGCUCCAAACCAGGUGUGCCGCUCUAUUCUUGUCUUCAUUUCUGUGUUCUUCUUAGAAAUUAUUCCACCAUUUCCAAAUUUUCUCAGAAGCGUCUCUCACUGGAAGUUCAGCUACGUUUCCCACUAGAAAUUCAGCUGAUCUUCGUGCACCAACAAUUGAUUCAGGACAUGAGACCAACAAGUGAGUAACUGAUUCUUCCGAUUGAUUAUAUUUGGGAUACAUUGAAUUUUUUGAUUGAGUUUUUUUGCUAGAACCGCGAUCUUAUUAUGCAUGAUUUUUCAUAGAAAAUUUUUAUUCUUGAGUUCUAAAUAAAUAAAUAAAUAAAUAAUUUAAUGUUCUUAAAUUGUUUUAUUUUUUUAAAGAUAGGUUAUUUAUUCAAUUAAUUCAAUUGAAUAUAAAUGAUCCAAACGAGAACAAAAACAAGAUCAAAAUGAAAAUUUUUACAAGACGAUAUUUUUUAAUAAUUACAAAACACGAGUUUAUCCAUCAUCAAAAUACAGAUACUAAUCAAACUUUUUCUUCAAAUGCAUUCAUGGCGAAACGAGCUAAUUUCCAUGGGUGACAGUCAAACGAGCUACUUCCAUAGGUGCAGCUUCUUCUUGAAGACUAGUAAGUUCUGAAUUUUCCAUAGUUCCAAAUCAGGUGUGCUGUUAUAUUCUUCUUUUUCGUCGGCUCUUCGAAGUUCUUCGCAGAGAUUAUCCCAUGAGUAAUUGAUUAUUUUGAUUGAUUAUAUUUGGGUACAUCGAGUUAACACUGAAAAUUUCCCAUAGAAAUUUUUUAUUUUUUAGCUGACAUCUCAGUUACCAAAUUAAAGAGUACAAAGGCAUUUGUCUAUACUGUUCUGGUAAUUGCUCUAAUGGGAGAUAGAAGAGCUGAUAAGCCAAUGAAUAUGCCGAAAAGAUUGAGUACUGCGAGUUCUACUCUCUUGACCUGAAGUGUUAACUUUUCAGGCUUGUCGGACGCUGGUAAUCUGGGAAGGAAUUUCAAGUGGAAACUUGCCAACAAAAGAACUCUAACACAGGCUGAAUUUUGAUUUGAAGUUUGUUUUCUAACAUAAUCAUGGAAGAUCAGUUUUUCUCUGAGGGAGAGGGAAUUGGGUAUUGGACACCUCCUGGCGCUCAAUUCGAUGGACCAAGCAUGAUAGACAACGGAAUAAAAAAUCUUGUAUCAGAGGAGAUGCUUGACAACCUCCCUGAUCUCAUGAACUUCGAUAACCUUGCUGGUUGGGGUAAUAUUCCAUCUGUGACUGAUCAUAAUUUAGAUAAUGAAAUUUCAUCACUUGCCUCUAUGCAGUAUUCUCCACCUGAUGCAUUCAGUUUAGUGGAACAGGACAAUGAUCCAUACUUUAUGACAAAAGAUUGUGGAAAUUAUAAUGCUACUGAAACCUCCUUGGGUUUCGAUGAGAAGGCUGUGUUACAGCAAUUGGAGACCCAACUUGGGUUGUCAGAAGAUGCAAAUGAUAUAAAUAACAUAAAUGGAUCACUUCAAGAAUUGAGUGCUGCUGACAUGGGAAAUUGCUUGGUGCCUAGACCAUUUGCUUGGUCGCUUGAUGAGAGAAUGCUGAGGGCUAUGGACUUGUUUAAGGAAUCAGUUGGUGAUGGAAUAUUGACACAAGUUUGGGCACCACAUACAUGCACAUCUAUUUAUAGUGGGAAAUCUUUUGAUUUGUUUUUGCAGCUUGUUAAUUUAAGGACUACUACGCCUCCAAGACUUAUGUCCCAGUGUCUAUCAAAUAACAAAAGAGCAGCUUUAACAGAGAUAAUUGAUGUGUUGCGAGCUUUGUGUCAUGCAUAUAGUUUGCCACUGGCAUUGACAUGGAUCCCCUGUUGUUAUACUGAGGGAGUAGGAGAUGAAGCUUCAAGAAUACGGAUUAAAGAUGGCGGUAGAAUUCCUGGUGAAAAAACUGUACUAUGCAUUGAAGAAUCAGCUUGCUAUAUAAAUGAUAUUGUGGUAGGAGGAUUUGUUCAUGCAUGUGUUGAACAUUAUCUCGAGGAAGGGCAAGGUGUAGCUGGGAAAGCUCUUCAAUCAAAUCGACCAUUCUUCUAUUCCGAUGUGAAGGCCUAUAAUAUUAGUGCAUAUCCCCUUGUUCACCAUGCGCGAAAAUAUAAGUUGAAUGCUGCCGUUGCAGUCAGGCUAAGGAGUAUUCAUACCAAUGAUGAUGAUUACAUAAUAGAAUUCUUUCUACCUGUCAAUAUGAAUGGAAGUGAAGAACAGCAACUUUUAUUAAACAAUCUAUCAGAUACUAUGCAGAGAAUGUGUCAGAGUUUGAGGACAGUUUCGGAUGCUGAAUUAUACGGGAUAGAAGGUUCGCAAGUGCAGUUUUCAAAGGAAGAAGGCUCUCAUAUGGCACCGGAUGGUGACCAUGAUUCGGUCAUGCCUAUGUCAUUGACAAACAAUGAAACUGAAGCUGCUCAUAACCAGGCAAUGGAUGGAUCAAGAAAGCAGAUUGAGAAAAAGAAAAGUCCAGCGGAGAAGAAUAUUAGCUUGAGUGUUCUCCAGCAAUAUUUCUCCGGUAGUCUUAAAGAUGCGGCUAAAAGCCUUGGUGUUUGCCCAACAACCCUGAAAAAGAUAUGCAGGCAACACGGAAUUUCAAGAUGGCCAUCGCGCAAGAUCAAUAAAGUUAAUCGUUCGUUAAAAAAAAUACAAACCGUGCUUGACUCAGUCAAGGGUGUGGAAGGAGGACUGAAGUUUGAUCCUUACAAGGGGGGAUUUAUGUCGGGAGGAUCAAGCAACCAAGAAAUUAAUGCACAUAAAAGUUCUCUCUUCCGGAAGAAAUGUUCUGUAAAAUAUCCUGAUCCUGCAGCUGGUAGCAAAGGUGAGAAUUUAGCUUCUGCAUUCAGACAUGUUUAUAUGUAAUUCCAAGGGUGAGUUGUGAAGCUUUUUUCUGUUGAUGUAGAUUCAAAGCCAAUAGCCAUGGAUGAUGGUGGAUUACGGCAGGAACCCUUUCCGGUUUCUAUUUUGGAAAGUUCUUGGUGUGAUAUAGCAUAUCACAGUCCAAACACCCUGGUUGCCGAUGAGAUGGCUGACAAGCUCGGCGAGCAUCACAAUCCCACUACUUCAAGCAUGUCAGACUCGUCGAAUGGCUUUGGCUCAAUUUUGCGUGGCUCUCGGAAAUUUGAGAAUCGGAAACAUUUGAAAGCCAAAUCACCUUGUGUUGAUAAUGGAUCAAAACUUGUUGUCAAAGCUGCCUACGGAGAAGAUAGGAUCCGUUUCAAGUUUGAUCCUGCAGCUGGCUGUCUCCAGCUCUAUGAAGAAGUUGCAACAAGAUUCAAAUUACAAAUCGGAUCUUUCCAGCUCAAGUAUCUCGACGAUGACGAGGAAUGGGUGAGGAUGGUAAAUGACUCAGAUUUGAAAGAAUGCAUGGAAAUAUUGGAUGAUCAUGGCACCCGUGCUGUGAAAUUUCUUGUUCUCGACAUCCCUAGUGGUUUGAGCAGCCGUGGCAGUAACACUUGAUGAAUUCAAUGAACCACAAGAAAUCUUUGAUCCAAAUAACCCUAAUGACACAUUCAAGAUACUUUAUAGAAAUGUCUUCAUCCGACUUGUGUGGCUAAAAAGCAAUACUAUUGAGAUAUUGUUGACGGACGGACGAAUUCUAUCCAGCAACUGAAUUCUUCUAUCAACAUAUUUCAUUAACAUUACCUUUUAAGCACAGUCGGAUGAAAACGUUUGUAUGAAGUUUUUUAGAUGUAGCAUUGAGAUUAUCUGGAUAAAAAAUUUUUUGUAGUUUAAUCUUCAUAGAAGAAAGAACCUUGAAGUAUGAUCAUAUUUUUUUAAAAUGUCUAUUUUCAGAAAGUAGGAUAAUAGUCACAAAUAAGCACUAAAAUGUUAAAUAUAUAGUUUUAUACAUGACGGAUACAGCUCAUAGCGUCAUGUAGCUGCAUAGAUCUAUAAACUGCAUCUGUCAUAUAUAGAAUUAUAUAUUUAACAUUCUAGUAAUUACUUGUAACUAUUAUCCUACCUUUUGAAAAUAGAUGCUUUGAGAAAGCAUGAUCAUGCUUCAAAGUUCUUUCCUCCGUGAGAAUUAAAUAACUUAUAGAGUUUUUUAGUUAAAAAAUUAUAGUCAACAGUGAGAUAAAUAGCUCUAGGUUGAAUUUUAUAGUUAAAUAGUUA